CGGAACUAAGAGUCAAGGCAGCAAAUGCGCAGUGUGUGAAGGUCGAGUCGCCUUUUUAUUUGAUGAUAAUAUUUUUUUCUUGUUUCCAUCGAUGCCUCGACGAAGAGGCCAUUAGAAACAUCACUAGGGGAGCCAGUCUUGGGGUUCGGAAGCCACCUGCUCCACUCAUGAAGACUGUGGGGUACUAGUCAAUACUGUAUGUGCUCUGUGUGAGAGGUAGACAGCAAUAUUGCCAGCUGUUCUCACCAUGGAGCCACCUGCCAGAUAUCUAAGGGUGCUGUUUUGGGGACUGUGGAUGGUGGUAGGCCUGAUCCCUAGAUGUCUCGCAGACGUGGUUGUCAUCUCCACCGAAACAAACAAAACCGUCACUGCCAUUGCAGAUCUUCCAGCUUUUUUUGGGCCUCCUCUACCUCUCUCAGGUUUUAAGGGAUAUGUGAAUUAUGUCUCACCGCCUGAUGCUUGCACCGUGGUGAAGCCUCCACCACAAGAAUACGCAGGUCUUUGGAUUGCUCUUGUGCGAAGAUUCAACUGCUCAUUUGUUGACAAGGUUAUAAAUGCCCAACAUGCAGGAUAUGCAGCUGUCAUAGUUCAUAAUGUUGGAUCUAAUUCUUUGCAACCCAUGAGUGCUGACCACAGAGCAGAAGAGGUGGUUGUGCCGUCAGUGUUCAUUGGCCAGGAUGACGCUAUUAUGAUCAUAGAGAACUACCUGUAUGAUCAAGGGUACACCUUGGAGAUAACUGAUGACCUGCCUUUCAACCUGCAAAACUACCUGGUUCCCUUUGCCAUUACCAUAGGAAUUUGCUUUAUAGUAAUGCUCACUUUUAUGAUUGUCAAGUGUGUGCGUGAUUACCGUCGCUCUCGUCGUCACCGCCUCUCGUCCAGAGCCCUAAAAAAGCUGCCUGUGCACAAGUUCAAGAAAGGCGAUCCAUAUGAGUGCUGUGCUGUCUGCCUGGAGGAUUAUGUUGACAACGACAAACUCCGCAUAUUGCCUUGUUCUCAUGCUUACCACACCAAGUGCAUUGACCCGUGGCUGACCAAGAACCGCCGAGUCUGCCCAGUCUGCAAAAGAAAGGUUUUCACAGGAGAUGAAAGGCCAUCAGACCUGGAGAGUGACUCGGAGGAUGAAAGUAGUCCUCUUAUAAACUCUGAUGGAGGCACACAGGGAGGAACUUUCAAUCAACAGAGGGAAAAUCCAUUCCAAGAAGCUGAACGCCUGGCAGAGGAAAGGCGUCGACAGCGAAGAAGGAGAAGAGCCAGUUCCCGCAACAUAGAGUGUGGACCGGAGGGUUAUCAGCGGCUGGCAGAGUCAACGGAUGAAGAUGACGAAGAAUACCAGGAAGAUGAAGUAGAAGGUGCUAGAGCAGAUGAAGAACAAAAUAUGGUCGAUAGAAAAAGAGUUGGAGCCAAGAGGGGGGAGGAGAACGAGAGUGGAGAGGAUGACCGUAUGGAGUCACCGCAUGAACCUCCUAAUGUUAGUGUUAUUGUUCAUGGUGCAGGACGACCCUCAGGACACACAGAUACAACAAGCCUAGCAAGCAACCACAGUGCAACGUCCCAAGGCAGUCCCCCAGGUCCUGUGCAGAUUGCAGUUGAUGUGGUCAAUUGCAACCCUGCUGCCACCUCACUGCCAACACAACCUCCCCAUGUGCCGGAAGAUGCUGGUUCUGAACGAGAUUAUGUUGUCUGAAUCUGUUUCUUUUUUUGAGGAUCAUUAAUUCUUGUAUUUUCUUGAUAUGCAUUUUCUUGUGCAUAAUCAGCAGCAACAAGAUUAGUAGUAUUAACAAUGGAGACAUCCUUUUCUUUUCUUUUUCUUUCAUUUAAUCUAGUUAUUCAUAGAUAAGGAUAUUCAGAUGAGGCCCUACUGAUUAAGGAAAUGCCUGUGCGCGAGGCAUUGGUGCUCUUUUGUUUUCCACAUCAUAUAUUAAUGGAAAUUGGAGGUAUAUAAUGUGUUUUCAUAUCAUCAUGGCAUAGUAAUUGAAGGCUACAUCAUUUUUCUCAAAUUAAAGAAAAAUUUUACACUCACGUUGGUCCAUUUUUCAAGGGAACAUGCAGAUCUCAAAUGAGUGCAGUGCGAGUAUCUGCUGUGCGUUUUCUUCGUUGUCAUUUUGAAAGGGAUUGAAAAGGUGAAAAUAACAAGGGUUUAAGGCAUAUCUCCUUGUUGCCAUGGAUAAGUGAGCUUUUCAUUGUCAAAAGUAAUUGUGAUGUGAACAGAUGUGUAUUUGUUUUUGUUGGUUGUGUCAGGUCAUUUAAUUACCUGUCUCUCAUCAAAUGGAAGUUUUAAUUAGGGCUAACUGUAGUCAUCCUGUCAUAUCUUCCAAUACACUGUGUCUCAAACUAAAGUGAUAUAUAAUGUAGAUGAACCGAGUAAUACAUAGAAAUUAAUCCAUAUUUUCUCUAUACUCCGAGUCUAACGAUUAGACCCAGUUAUCCAAAUGUAUUCAUAUACUGAUACGUAGAAUUGCAAAUCCUUAUUUCUGUCCAAUUGAAGUUAUAGAUUUUGAACAGAAAAGUCAAUGCAGAGUUGACUUUUUUUUUUUAUACACAAUUAAGAUUAUACAUUUUUGUUAUGUGACAUUAUAUCAUUAAUGUUGUCAUUAUUAUUAUUAUUAUCAUUAUUAUUAUUAUUAUUAUCAUAAUCAUAAAAGUGUAUUUAUUGAAGAACUUGUUGAAGUUUCUAUUUCCACCAGAUUUUUGCAGUAGGUUACCUCUAAAGAUUUUAUUGCAAAAAGUAAAAUCAGUAUUAAUGGACUGUGUUCCAUUUUACAAAAUUUUCUGAGUAGACAUGAACCACAGAUCAAAAUUUCUAAAUGUGACCAAAGCUUAAUGUAUCUAUAAUUUUAUUACUACUGUUUGGCAAAAUGCAGAUAUUCCCAGCUUUAUUUGUGAUCAUUAUUAUAAUAAUUAUCAGUAUUGUUACUUUUUUUUUGUUUUGUUUUUCUCUCUCUCUCAUCUUUUCUUUUUUCUCUCUUUUGAGGUUGGAUUCUUUUCGAAAGAAUCCCACGAAGAUAUUUUUUUUGUCUUUCUCCUUAGCCAAAGUAACGAAGUGAGAUAGGGUUCACUCACAUAGUAUUUACUUGAGAUUUUUGUUUUUAGAUUUAUGUGUGGAUGAUGAUCUCGAAAUGUCUAAAAUAAUGAAAUCAAGAUGAUUUUCUUCAUGUAAAGAUGUAAAAAAUAAUGUAUAUAGUGGAAAAAAAGGAAGAAAAAAAAAGAUCUUAAUACUUGUUUAAGUAAAUUUUCGGAGUUUGGUGUUGAAUGUAAAUAUGUUUAGAUCAUGUAUUUGUAGUGUAUGGAAGAGGUUGUAAUACUUGAGUCCAGUACAUGUUGUGAUUUUUUUUUUUCUUUUUUUUCCUCCCUUUUUUUAUGUAUUAUCCACUUUAUUUCCUCUUUUCUGUAUAACAUAAGCAGCUCAUUUGUGAACAGAAAGCCACUACAUUCUUGUUUUCUCCGUAAACGUGCAGUGUUGAGGUUCACGGACACCAUAGCAAAUAUUUCAUGACUGUUACUUCAAGAAAGUCGAGAGCUGGAACCUUAGGAUAGGGAAUUCCUUCAUGUGCUUGUUAUUUGUGUAAGUAUUCAGAUAUGCAUUAAACUACAACCAAAUAGGAAUUUAUAUUCUUCAUGAUGAGUAAUUCUAAGAUUUGUUAAGAAGGAUUUGAAUGCUGAAGUAUUGCUGAAUUAUACAUUUAAGAAAGAAGGUAAAGCAGGUAUGUAAUUUUGUCUAUGUACACUGCAGUUUCUAAUUGAGCAUAUAAUAUUGUGUUUUCUAAUUGGUAUUUUUGUACUGAACUACUCUGUUAAUCAGAUGUGUAUGAACUAUAGAUUUAAGACAGUAUUCUGUGACAGUCCAUUAUUUUAGAUUUAAACUGAACAGUUUGAAGCUUUAGAUAUGAAAUUAUAAUGUUAUAUGCAUAUAGUACAUCUGGUGUGAUAUGUAAUAAUGUAGAUAUAACUUCAUAUUGAUAAAUAUGUUUACAUAGUUCAUAUACCAGUGUCAUAACCCCACUAUUCAAAAUCUCUGUAUUGUAGUUCAUGUUUAGGUUUCUGUGUUUGAUUUUUUGUCAAAGUUGCUGGCUUCACAUUCAUUAAAAAGAAAUCAAGAAUUUUAGUCAUUUUUUCUAUAAAUUUUCUGAACUACAUAAUUGAGAAGCCAUAGUAAUAAUUAAGUUAUAUUUUCUUUUAAGAAAUGGAAUACAGAUGUUUCCUGUUUUUCUCACACAUUUGCAAACAAAAAUUAUAUAGUUUCGCUGUUCAGCAGUCGAAUGAGGAUGGAAAGAUUGAAUCAUUUAUAUUUAUUGGUAUCUUUUGGGUGUUUAAACUCCUAAUUGAAACAGAAAGUAAAAGUAAAAGGAAAAUUUCCAGUCAACUAGUCAGUCUGUAUUGAAAUAAGUAUUCAUAAGAUAAAGGAAAUAGAGAGGCAUUACGCAUCUUGAAGUCAAGCAGUAGACUCCAAUCCUCUCUGUCUUUUGUUUUAAAAUGUCUUUUUUUCUCUCUCUCUUUCUUUCUCCUUCUUUUUGUUUUUAAGCUCCUCUUUGUAUUUACUGACAUUUACAUCAAGUUAAAGGAUUAACUCAAGACACUUGUGGAAGGAUGGGGGGUUGUAACCUCAUUAUUUGUCACAUAGCAGAGUCAGGCAGUUAUGAAGGUAUUUAACAAUAUAAUGUGGGGAAAACUCAUUCAUAAUAUGUUGCCAUGAUUUAUGACGAAUAGUUCUUAUUAGUGUUAGAGAUGUAAAAGCACCUUUAGAGUCCUAUUGAUUAUUGUAAACGGAAAAGAAGUGUGAGGAGUCUGCUGCUCUUUGUCAUAUCUUCGAUUAUUUCUAUAAAACCGUCUUGCCAGGCAUAUACUACAUUUUCUUUUUUGUGAAGCCUUCCUGUACUAAUCCAGUCUGUCUUUCCUUUCUGAAUGCUUUAGUAUUCCAAUCAUGAAACUUCUUUUUAAGCUUGGAAAUUAUGUUACUCUGAGACAUAUAUAUUGUGCAAAUUUUAUUAUUAUAUAUAUAUAUAGAAUAAAGUAAAUUUCUUUUAUUAA